AUGGUUCAGCGCAAAAAGAAAAUUGAGUGUGGCCAGCUGUACCUGCUGCAGUGCCACCUCAUGGACAAGAACGGCCGACCCAAGAUGCCGGACUGCUGCAACGACCGGCGGCAAGCGGACAACCCGCUCUGCUUCCCGAUCCAGAUCCCCGACAGUGACGAGUUCUACGCCCUGUACGGCCAAAAGUGCAUGAACGUCAUCCGCUCACUGCCAGGCGUGCACCACAUGUGCAAGCUCGGCCCACGUGACCCGAUCAACCAGGUGACGUCAUACCUGGACGCGUCGUUCGUGUACGGCUCGGACCUGGAGACGGAGCGGCGCAUGCGCUCGUACCAAGGCGGCCUGCUCAAGACGCUGCCGGUGUUCCGCGAGAUCGGCCUCAAGGACCUGCUGCCGCCCAACCUGCACGCGCCCGACGAAGGCUGCAUCCGGCCGUCGCGCGACAUCUUCUGCUUCGACGCCGGCGACAACCGGGUCAACGAACAGCUGGUGCUGGCCACCCUGCAGACGUACCUGAUGCGCGAGCACAACCGGAUUGCCGUCGAGCUCAGCCACCUGAACCCACACUGGGACGACGAGACCAUCUACCAGGAAACGCGCCUGAUCAUCGGCGCCGUGGUGCAGCAGAUCACCUACAACGAGUUCCUGCCCAUGGUGCUGGGAAAGGACGUCAUGACCAAGGAGAACUUGGUCGUUGGCAGGGGUUCGAAGGGUCACAAGUACAGCCCCACUCUGGACGCCAGCACGUCCAACUCCUUCUCGACGGCGGCCUUCCGGUUCGGCCACUCCCUCCUGCCGUCCACCAUCGAGAGGUGGUCCACUUCCGGCAAAUAUAUCGACGCCCGCCGGUUGAGCGAGCUGCUCCGUCAACCGUACGACAUGUACAAGGGCGGCUUCGUGGACCAGUACACCAUGGGCCUCAUCAACCAGCUCGCGCAGGCCAUGGACGACGCCGUCACGCAGGAGGUCACGAACCACCUGUUCCAAAUGCCCGAGCACCGGUUCGGAAUGGAUCUAGCGGCGAUCAACAUGCAGCGAGGCCGCGAGCACGGCCUGCCCAGCUACAACGGCUUCCGCGAGUUCUGCGGCCUGCCGCGCGUCACCGACUUCUUCGAGCUGAAUACCGUCAUGAGCAACAACACGGCCUCCGCCUACAGCGACGUUUACGGGUGA